AUGGAAGACCAGAUUGGGCCCGAAGAGUCUCAUAGGGAGCUGCACCAUCCAAGUUCUCCGUACGCCCUUGCGCUGAGCAUGUUGUUUGUGAGAAUAUCCAGCGACGACAUCCUCAUCCCCAGACUUGCUGGCGGCGACGUCAAUCAUCAAACCUUUGUCUACAACUCGAGCGCUGGAACAGGCAUGUUUAUCUAUGUUGUCGAUCCCGGUAUCCGCAUUUCUCAUUCUAGGUUUCCGGAACGCCCGAUUAAGGGAAUCAACGUCUGGCCAGAGGUUGCCUUUGACGACGAUUUCGGCAACGGAACGCACAUACACCUGGAUGUUACGCACCCAUCGGCGGGCCACACCUUCCAGCACGCCCUGCUCGAUGUAAAACUGAGCAUUAUUAUCCUCUUGAACAAGCUCGAGAUCUAG